AUGUUUAGAUUUCACAAAACCCUCGACAUGAUCACCCUCUUCCACAAGGCUAGCUCGCCGGCCUCAGUCCGCCUAGCGGCUGCGCUCCGGCAAGCAUCGGCCGUGGCAUCCGAGACCUCAACCGCUGAUCAGGCGAGCGACCAUUCCGCGCAGACCAAGGAGGCCACCAGCCGGCCUGAGUUCCAGCUUGAGGUCACCGAGACGCCGCCUACUGCAGACCAGCUGCGCACGAUCCUCGGGUAUGUUGGUGGGGACCGGAUUAGCACGUUGGUCAAGGGGGCUACGGACGAGCAGGAGGCACUGAGGAAGUAUGCAGAGAAUGUGGAGAACCUGCAGAGGCCUGUGGUUGUCGAUUGGAACAAUGGCAAGGUGGGAGCCGGGGAGAAUGAAUCGGAGAUUCUCAAGAUGCUCAACCAGCUGCAGAAAUAA